UAGGUAAUGAAUAUUAUUGUCCUUACAGGCACCUUAUAUUAGUCGGAGUAGUGACUGAUUGAGCACUAGUUGGGGCCGCAGAAAUUUCAUAAUGAUCCGUAAAGUGCUAGUUUUUGCGCUGUUGGUUGUUUGCAGCACCACCGGCGCCAAAGCACAACUAUGCAUACCCGAUACGGUUUACAACAUCAACCUAGACAAUACAACUCUAACUUGGGAUCCCAGUACCAACUGUAACACGACCCACUACAUCGUCAACAUCCACAACAAUGGCAUGCUAGAGUACAUCUACCAAGUCGAUAAUGCCUCGCUCGACGUUUCUUUCCUUAGCUUCUGUAGGACAUUAACAUUUACAGUCACUGCAAUAGCAGAACACAUCCUUGGAGCAGAGUCUCAAUACGAAGCCACAAUAGCCCUUCCUACAGGUACCGACAUCACCGUGUUCAACUUCACCGGAGACCAAAUCGACAGAGAUGUCCUCUUCCAGUGGCAAGUGGACGACGACUAUCGCUACUGCGCGGAAAGUUUUAAAGUACGUAUUUGGAAAGAACAAGAAGCUGCUCCACAGGAGUUCGAGACCAGUCAGAACGGCUAUUACCUAACAGACGUAUCCCAGUGCAUGUACUAUGACGUGGAGAUAUCCGUAGUGCACCUAACCAUGGAACACCCAGUGGCUAAGUUCAAUUACACCGUACCACCAAUUCCAAAUAACCCAAAGUUAGUGGCAGUGACACAAGGCGUUCAUACCAUCAGUACGACCUGGUCCCUCGAGAGCUACGCCAUUAACAAAUGCACCGUCACUGCCCUCUUCCUCAACGGCACUCAGCUUGUUGCCACCAUACCCAUCUCUGACGUCCCAGAGAGGCCAGAUAUCGUCGUGAGUAUUCCAGGACUUAGAGCAGACAGUAUGUACUUUUUCAACGUGUCGGUCAAGAACGAAGCUGGCAUCUCAGAUGCGUUCCAAAUGGCCGUACAAACAUUGCCAAUUGAUCCGUCUCUAAAACUUGAUUCAGAAGAAGACCAUUUUGAUAGUUCCUAGUGUUCUUGAUAUGUUUGUGAUAUUUAUUAAAUAGUUUUUGAGCCAG